GGCAAGAGGACAACAAAUAUGCCGCGGAAACUGAGAUCCACAAGCUCUGGUGACAAACCAUCAGUUGUCAGGAAGCAUGAUGACCCCACAAGUACAUCUCAAGAGGCUGGUGGUGCACCAUCAUCAAGAAGCUACAGUAGUGAACCAGGCCCAUCUAUAUCUCGACAAACUGAUGCUGCACGUUUAAGAAGAGGGAGCAACUACUCCCAUACAGGAGAUGGCAAAUCACAGACUAGGUCUUUUCUGGAUCUCCUUGAUGAAAGUGACUUCAGUGAGAGUGAUGAUGACUGGCUACCCGAGGCAGUGACGUCAUCUGGGAGACUAAUUGGAGUUGAAGAAGCUGUCACUUCUUCGGACUCGGAUUCUGAAGAGGAUCUCCAGGAGAUAUCUGUAUCUUCAACUGCUGGGGAGCCAAGAAGAUUGUUUUACCUACGAAAUAAAUCUUUCGUAGACCAUGCUCCUCAGAAUGCAACAGAAAAUUUAGGAGCUUGUAACUUACUGAAACCAAUUGAGUAUUUCCUAUCUUAUGUCAGUGAGGAUUUUUUGGGAGAUAUUGCAAUGUAUACAAAUAUGAAAUCAAUUGAAACUACAGGUGCAUGUAUUAACACAAACAGCAAAGAAAUUGCCACUUUCAUAGGAAUGACAUUUGCUAUGUCAAUCAUAAAGAUGCCAAGAAUUAGAAUGUAUUGGCAGUCAAAAACUAGGAUCCCUUGGAUAGCUGAUAAAAUGGCAAGAGAGAGAUUUUUCCGUCUCAGACAUUCGUUAAAGGUUAUUAAUGAUAACACUGUAUUGGAAGACGACAAAAAAGUGACAGGUUAUGGAAAGUAAGACCUUUGUUGGAAGCAGUACGAACUCGUUGCAGCGAGUUGCCAAGGCCAUCGAAGGUCAGUAUUGAUGAAAGCAUGAUUCCUUUUCGAGGUAGAAUCAGUAUCAGGCAACAUGUCCCUGGCAAACCUUUCCCAGACGGGUUAAAAAUGUUUGUCCUAGCUUCUCCAAGUGGAAUGGUACUCGAUUUUGAAAUUUUUCAAACUAAAGAAGCAUUGCUAUCCAUUAUUGAAAAGCUGAAUGUUAAACCUGACAGAACCCUCACAACUGGUGAAGCAGCAGUAUUAAGGUUUGUGCGCAGUGUGGAUGCUGGCACAAGUAUCUUUUUUGAUAGAUUUUUUACAAGCUCAAACUUAUUGUGUGAUCUGUAUGACAGAGGCCUUCGAGGAACAGGCACAAUAAAGAAAAACAUGGUACCUAAAGAGGCUAAGCAAAUAUUAAAGACUGAGGCAACCUUGCGCAAAGAGGGCAGAGGGGCAUCCGAUUGCCAAGUCCGAAAUGAUAACAAGGUGGCUGUGACUGCUUGGUAUGACAAAAAGUUGGUACUAAUGGCUUCCAAUGAGUUCUCUAUUGAUGACGAAGAUAUAUGCCAGCGGUGGUCUAAGGCUACCAAUACCCAUGUUGGUGUAAAGAGGCCCCGUGUGGUAAGGGAGUACAACAGUGCCAUGGGGGUGUGGAUGUUCAUGACCAAAUAGUCAGCUAUUACAGAAGCCCCAAUCGCACUAAGAAGUGGACUGUUAGGGUGGUAUUGCAUGUACUUGAUGUUGUAACUGCCAACUGUUGGCUGGAAUACAGAAAGGAUAUGGAGUCAAAACCCAAACAAUAUCUAGACUUCAAAUUAAUCUUGGCAGACCAGUUAAUGUCAGGUGAUUUCUUUGACCAUGCCACUGACAGUCAGAGUAUUUCUGAUGCAAGUCUCUCUUCAGUAGACUGUAUUGAUUCAGAGACUGAGCCUCCUCUAAAGGCAGCUAAACAGGGCUUGACUCCUCUGCCAAACAGGGCUGAAAGAAAGAAAGGUGCAUCUCAUCUCCCAAUAGUCAUUGAUGGUAAGAACUCUUUCCGCAGAUGUCGCAGAGAAGGAUGUAAGAAUAGAACACGAACAUUGUGCUCUCAGUGUAAUGUAUUUCUCUGCAACUAUGCAAAGAGAAACUGCUUCCUUGAGUUUCAUGUAUAAGUGAUAUAUUUGCUUUCUGUUUUUUAAGUAUGGCGCAUAUGUUCCUCAUCAAAACAAUUAUUUUGCAUAGGAUUAUUCUAUAGAAGUGAUAUUUUUCUUUAGUCUUGAACCAGAGAAUAAUCUCAUAAAAGAUUUAUUUUCCUAUAGAGGUGCUGCAAUUUAUUCUAGUCUUGAACUAAAGAGUAGGCUUACUAUUUUUACUCAUAAUUCAAUGAUUCUAUUUUAUAUACAUUUUCAGGGAAAGAUACAUUUUUUUCUAAUUAAUUAAGUAUUUUUCUACUAUUUUAUGGAAGAAUUUCUUGUUUGCCUUAAUGAAGAAUUGCAGGUAUACAGUAACUGAAAAUAGAAUAUUUUCUUUACAUUUUACAGAAAGAAAAUGUAUUUAUUUUUACAAAUUAUAUAUGUUCUUCUGCUAUCUUACAGAAGUAUUGUUCUUUAAUUGCUGUAAUUGUACAUUGCAG